AUGUCUUCAGAGCCUGUUUUAAGUGAAAUUGGAGAUGGCCGCCUAGUCAAAAUGGAGGUGGAUUGUAGCGGUCAAGUGGACGCUGCAAUUCCAAAGGCAGAAGCUUUGGCUAAGAGCGGUAAACUUACGGAAGCGCUUGCAGAGUUAUUCGCCUUGGAGAAGCUGACUCGCCAGUCUGCGGAUAUGCGAUCAAAUUGCCGUAUUCAAGUGUGCAUAGUGCAGCUGUGCUUUCAAGCUCAAAACUGGGAAGCCUUAAAGGAGAACAUUAUAGGACUUACGAAGAAGCGGUCACUUAUUAAGCAGGCAGUAACUAACAUGAUCCAGGAAUGUUGUACCUACGUUGACCAGAUGCCGAACGAGACAUUGAAAAUCGACCUGAUUAACACAUUGAGAACAGUAACUGCUGGAAAAAUAUAUGUCGAAGUUGAAAGAGCUCGUUUAACGAACAAGUUGGCAAAGACUCUUGAAGCCGAGGGAAAAAUUGAGGAGGCCUGUAACUUAUUAUUGGAGCUUCAAAUCGAAAGCUAUGGCUCCAUGGACAAACAGGAGAAGGUCGAAUUUCUGCUGGAGCAGAUGCGUUUGUCGCUUUUGCGUUCAGACUUUGUACGCGCACAACUGAUUGCGAAGAAAAUUUCGAAAAAAUUUUUUACCGAUGAAUCUGUAGAGAUUCAAAAGCUGAAACUCAAGUAUUACCAUCAGAUGAUUCAGAUUGAUCAGCAUGAGGGAAACAAUCUCGCUAUAUGUCACCAUUACAUGGCAGUUUGCAACACGGAACUGGUGAAAUCGGACAGCAGUAAACUGGAAGAAACAUUGAAAAACAUAGUGCUCUACAUCAUCUUAUCUCCUCAUGGAAACGAACAAUGGGAUCUACUGAAUCGGAUCGUGCAAGACAAGCAGCUAGAACUCAUUCCUAAUUACAAGCUUCUUCUGAAGUAUUUCGUCCGUCAGGAGCUCAUCUCCUGGAGACAUGAUAUAAUCAUUAACUUCGAAUCAUUAUUGCGGCAGGGUACUCACACUUCUCCACCUACUGGAGUAUUCGAUCCAGAAACAGAAUUUGGCAAAAAGCAGUGGGAAGAGUUCCAGACUCGAGUAUGCGAACAUAAUAUUCGUAUGAUUUCAAAGUACUACAAGCGAAUCACACUGAAAAGGCUUUCCGAACUUUUGGAUCGCGCUCCAGAAAGAAGCGAAGAGUUCCUUUGCAAUCUGAUCGUCAACGGUACCAUCGUUAAUGCGAAGAUCGACAGACCGGCUGGCAUAGUGAAUUUCAAGCCUCAUCAGUCUCCAGCGGAUGUUCUUCAAGAAUGGUCAUCUGACAUGUCUUCACUAAUGGAUAAACUAAACAAGGCGUGUCAUCUUAUUCGUAAGGAAGAAAUGGUGCACAAACACUUGUACAGUUCUGAGUUGGGCAACGUAGUCGAUGCCAUUUCCAGUUAG